GGGUACAGUGAGAGUGUGACACUGUCAGAGUGUGACACUGAGACAGGAAUAUUGUGUGAGAGUGUGACACUGAGAGACACUGGGGUGCUGUGAGAGACUGGGAUAUUGUGUCAGGGUGAGAAACUGAGAGACAGGGUUACUGAGAGUGUGACACUGAGACUGGAGUACAGUGAGAGACGGAUAUUGUGUCAGGCUGAGAAACUGUGUGUGACCAUGAGUGUGACACCAUGAGAUUGGGAUACUGUGUGAGAUGAAGAAGCUGUGAGACUUGGAUAUUGGACAAAACUUGAAGCUAUUGUCUCCUAGACAAAGGGUGACGCAGUGUGUAUCUGACCAGUUGGGAAACAUGACUGCCAAACCACAACCCCCGCUGGUGAAGAAGCACAGCCAAACUGACCUGGUGAGCCGGCUAAAGACCAGGAAGAUCCUUGGUGUCGGUGGAAAGGACGAUGAUGGAGAGGUUCAUCGGUCAAAGAUUAGCCAAGUGCUGGGAAAUGAAAUGAAAUUCACCAUGCGAGAGCCUUUGGGUCUCAGGAUAUGGCAAGUGGUGUCAGCUGUCAUGUUCAGUGUUGUUGCCAUAAUGGCUCUCAUCUUUCCUGAUCGUCUCUAUGAAGUUGUCUUCGAUGAAGACGGGACAAGCACUAAAAUAUCAGUGAGACUGUAUGGCGGGGCCCUUCUCAGUAUUUCCCUGAUCAUGUGGCAUGCUUUAUACACAGCCGAGAAGCUGAUCAUUCGGUGGACGCUCCUCACAGAGGCCUGUUAUUUCACAGUGCAGUUUAUAGUUACAACUGUCCCGCUGUAUGAAAAGGGAACACUACCCCAGGGAGCGACUCUACUGCAAUUGAGCCGAGGUCUCUUCAUCCUCAUCAGUGUCUAUUUCUAUUACCAAGUCGGCCGAAAGCCCAGGAAGAUGUGAGGAGUUUGCUGGAGAAGACUAUUCCAUGCGAUGGGAUUGAGCUGUUCGGUGGAUGGCUGCAAGGCAAGAGACUAGAAAUGACUGACUGACCUCCCAAAAUGUAUUUCGUAUUCCACAUUACCUUUUCCUGUUUCUCGGUCGGACUUUAGCCUUUCCAGAUUUAUUGUAUUCUGAAGACUUUGUUGUAAACUAUCCCUGUGCAUGUGCAGCAGCAGUGUGACAAUAUUGGAUUCAUUACCUCAAGAAUAACCAAUAAAAGAGUUUUGCAA